GAGGAGCCAAUAGAGAAACUUUUGGAACCUUUUUCUAAAGACCAGUUAGCACUUCUGAUCAAAGAGGCAGUGAGUAAAUACCCUGAUUUCAUGGAAAGUGUGCACAAAUUGGCUGAUGCUGACCCGUCACAUCGCAAAAUAUUUGUGCACGGUCUCGGGUGGGAUGCGAAUGUCGAGAUCCUUACUUCCGUGUUUGGGAAGUACGGAGAGAUCGAGGACUGUAAAGUUGUUACAGAUAAGGCAUCCGGGAAAUCUAAAGGUUAUGGGUUUAUUUUGUACAAGCAUCGGAAUGGUGCCCGCAAAGCUUUGUUGCAGCCUCAGAAGAAGAUUGGGACUCGGAUGACUUCCUGCCAGCUAGCAUCUGCGGGCCCUGUUCAGACUGCUCCUCCGGCAGCUGUGACAACUAUACCCACCCCGCCCGUGUCGGAGUACACACAGAGGAAGAUAUACAUUAGCAAUGUCUCAGCAGAACUCGAUCCAAAUAAAUUGUUGGAGUUCUUUUCCAAGUUUGGAGAGAUUGAGGAAGGGCCAUUAGGGUUAGAUAAGCAGACUGGGAAACCAAGAGGGUUCUGUUUAUUUGUGUACAAGAGUCUGGAGAGCGCAAAGAAAGCGUUGGAGGAGCCGCACAAGAUUUUUGAGGGGCACACGUUGCAUUGUCAGAAGGCAGUAGAUGGUCCGAAGCAUAGUAAGGGUCAUUAUAACCAACAUACUUCCCAUCAGCAGCAGCAGCACCAUCACCAGGGACAGCAAGGUUAUUAUCACCAUAGUGCAAAAAAGGGGAAGUAUGCAGGGAGCAGUGGUACAGGCGGUGGGCACCUGAUGGCACCAAGCCAUGGCGCAACUGUCCCUGCCGUCGGGUUCAAUCCUUCAGUGGCACCUGCAGCUUUAGGACAGGCAGUGGCAGCUUUGUUGGCAACACAGGGUGCAGGCUUAGGUAUUGGGAAUUUGCUUGGAGGGAUAGGUGGUAUGAAUCCUCAGGGAGCAAUGCCAGGGAUGAGCAAUGCGGGUUAUGGAGGUCAGAGUGGUGCAGGUGGGUAUGGAAGUCAGCCCGGGAUGCAGGGAGGCUAUGGAGGUCAGCCACAGAUGGGACAAGGUGGUGUUAGGCCGCAACAGGGUGGUGCACCCUAUAUGGGUCGGGGUCACUAGGUGAGUGAAAGGUAUAUUGUUAAGUGUCUUAUUUUAUUCACUAUUCUAUAAUGCUGCCAAUAAUUAGGUUGCUAGAAAAAUGGAUCUUAAUAUUUUCUGGAUGGGUCAGAAUUAUGUCAGUAGUUUUUGGACUUUUUCCCUGCAUUUCAUGCCUAUGUUCUAAGAU